GGCUAUUCUUCUGGCUCUUGAUUCAGCCUAAGUUCGAAGAGCACAAGGUUGUUCUAGAAAGGGUGUGUGGGUAACUUAUCCCAGCAUUUGAUGUUCCUUUAUUCUUUUUUUUUUUUUUUUCCUUUUUACUGGUAACAAGAGCCUGAACUGGUCAUGCUUUGGACUGAUGCCAGUGUGCCUGGUAGCCAUUACUCCAUAAUACUUAACAUUUAUGGGUGAUUGCUAGGUGCCAACGUUGUACGGAGAGAACUUUCCACGGACAUCCUGUUAAAUCCUUAGAGGCUGACAACAAGCCCAAGACUCGCCUCUCAGCCGCCCGACGCACAGACGCACCAGUAAAAAGUGCAGCUCUAUCGGCUGAUCCUCACUAAGCUCCGACUUGAGGCGGCACCGGGCGUCCCACGAUGCCGAAGAACAAGAAGAGGAACACUCCCCACCGCGGUGGCAGUGGCGGCGGCGGCUCAGGGGCAGCGGCGACGGCGGCAACAGCAGGUGGUCAGCAUCGGCAUGUUCAGCCUUUCAGUGAUGAGGAUGCUUCCAUAGAAACAAUGAGCCACGGCAGCGGCUACAGCGAUCCUUCCAGUGUUGCUGAAGAUGGACCAGAAGUCCUUGAUGAGGAGGGAACUCAGGAAGACUUAGAGUACAAGUUGAAAGGAUUAAUUGACCUGACCCUUGACAAGAGUGCAAAAACAAGACAAGCAGCUCUUGAAGGUAUUAAAAAUGCACUAGCUUCAAAAAUGCUGUAUGAAUUUGUUCUGGAGAGAAGAAUGACUCUAACGGACAGCGUUGAGCGCUGUCUGAGGAAAGGGAAGAGCGACGAGCAACGGGCGGCUGCGGCGUUGGCAUCUGUGCUUUGCAUUCAGUUGGGCCCUGGAAUCGAAAGUGAAGAGAUUUUAAAAACUCUUGGACCAAUCCUGAAGAAAAUAAUUUGUGAUGGGACAGCUAGUAUCCAGGCCAGGCAAACUUGUGCAACUUGCUUUGGUGUUUGCUGUUUUAUUGCCACAGAUGACAUUACUGAGUUGUAUUCAACUCUCGAAUGCUUGGAGACUAUCUUCACCAAGUCCUAUCUGAAAGACAAAGACACUAAUGGUAUUUGUGGCACCCCCAACACGGUGCUUCAUAUCAGCUCGCUCCUUGCAUGGACGUUGUUACUGACCAUAUGUCCCAUCAGCGAAGUCAAGAAAAAGCUCGAAGUGCAUUUCCACAAACUUCCCAGCCUUCUCUCUUGUGAUGAUGUAAACAUGAGGAUAGCUGCUGGUGAAUCCUUAGCACUCCUCUUUGAACUGGCCAGAGGGAUGGAGAGUGACUUUUUUUACGAAGACAUGGAGUCUUUGACACAAAUGCUGAGGACCUUGGCCACCGAUGGAAAUAAGCACCGAGCCAAGGUGGACAAGCGGAAGCAGCGCUCCGUGUUCCGGGACGUCCUGCGGGCUGUGGAGGAACGGGAUUUUCCAACAGAAACUGUUAAAUUUGGUCCUGAGCGCAUGUACAUCGAUAGCUGGGUCAAAAAGCACACCUAUGACACCUUCAAGGAGGUUCUGGGAUCGGGGAUGCAGUACCACUUGCAGUCAAAUGAAUUCCUCCGCAAUGUCUUUGAACUCGGACCCCCGGUAAUGCUUGAUGCCGCAACGCUCAAAACGAUGAAGAUUUCCCGCUUUGAGAGGCAUUUAUAUAACUCCGCAGCAUUCAAAGCGCGAACAAAGGCUCGAAGCAAAUGUCGAGACAAGAGAGCAGAUGUUGGAGAAUUCUUCUAGGUUUUCAGCACCUGAAGAUUUUAAUUUUUGUUGUUGUUUUGCUAUUUCUAAUGUAUAUAAACUUUAGAGACAGUUUUUAUCUUGGCUCAACUUAGUAAUUUUUUGUACAAGGGGGUUAUAUUAUAGUUUCGUGUACAGUAUUGCAAAUGGUGAGUUCUGAUCAUCGAGUACUGUGUGUAAAUAUAAUCAGUAAACAAAAUGUAAUGUUUAGUCUUAACCUAUUUAUAAAAAGAGCAGAAAUAACUAUUUCACAUGAUUUCCUUAUGAAAAAAAAAAAAUCAUAGCCAAGGUUUCAUUUCUUAUGCAUGUGGUUGUCUUCUAAUGAUAGAAAUGCAGCAUCUAAACAGGAGCUCCGGGUGGUUUGGGGAGCUGGGGACUCUGGAGGAGCUGCUGCAUUUUUCACUUGGAAGUGGAAACUAGUAAUUGAUGAGGAAAUGAGGAAUGACGCCGCAGCCGCCCCAGCCUUCCCAGCCCUCUGUGCGGCCAGCAGCUUGGCCUUGAGUGUUCACGGAGAGCCUGUGUUCCCUCCCGAGUGAAUGAGACCUUGUGCUUUUGACUUUGAAAUAAAGAUCUUUUCACACCAAA